AUGAAAAGGUGUACGGAGAUUUUCUACAACCGGCGCAGGAAGCAUGAAAAGGUGUACACAGAGGCACUACAGAAUGCCAGGAACACCACAACACUAGUUGCCAUUUUGAUCGCCACGGUUACUUUUGCUGCUGGCAUUAGUCCCCCGGGUGGUGUUUAUCAGGAGGGACUUAUGAAAGGGAAGUCGAUAGCAGGAACAACAACUGCUUUCAAGGUGUUUGAAAUAAGCAAUUACGUCGCACUAUUUACAUCACUCUCGAUAGUUGUUGUUCUUGUGAGUAUCAUUCCAUAUCGGAGAAAGCCAUUGAUAAGAUUGUUGAGGGUUGCUCAUAAGGUAAUGUGGGUAGCUGUGGCAUUCAUGGCAACAGGGUAUGUUGCAGCCACAUGGGUUAUCAUGCAACAAAAUCAGAAAAACAAAUUGUUGUUUGUAGCCUUUUUGACUAUAAGCAUUGGAAUUCUGGGAACAGUUUUCAUUUGGCUGGGUGUUUUGCUAGUUGUUCAUUGCCUGCGAAAGUCGAAGUGGAGGAAGGGAAGAAGAGAGAUUGGGGAGGCUGAUGAGGAUCCUGAAAUGGGAAGCCAAAACUCGGAUGUUGAUAGCACAUACAAUCAAGGAUAUCAUUCAUAUUAGAUGCCUUCACCUCCCAAAUCAUUGACAGGAAUGUCUGGUGCAAGCAAGCCACAUUUUAUUAGUUCCCUUCUCUUAAUUUCAAUUAAUGGUUAAUCAUGGGGAGAUUCAAAUGUUGGUAGGCUUAAUUUUGUUUUCUGUCAAAGAAAUACUUGCAUUAAAAAGUGAAUAAUCAUAA